AACGGCAACAACAACGGCGAACAACAACAACAACAGCAGCAGCAGCAGCAACAAAAACAUAAAAAAGAAAUGGACACUAACAAGCGUAUUAUGUGGCGAGUGGGCUUAGAUGUUUUGAUUCUGCUUUGCGUGGGCUUUCCUAUAUUGUUAUUCUACUUAUUUGGAGAUUCCUAUAAGCGCGGCUUCUUCUGCGAUGAUGAGUCGCUUAUGCAUCCGUUCAAGGAGUCCACAGUGCGCAGUUGGAUGCUUUACAUUAUUGGACUGUUUAUACCAGCGCUUGUGAUACUCGGCGUUGAGCUAAAUCAAUCCCGCCUGUCCAAGGCUAAUGGCAAUGCGCCGCGUACUUAUAUGUUCAUGGGUUAUGAGAUACCCGACUGGCUGAUUGAAUGCUAUAAGAAAAUGGGCGUGUUUGCCUUUGGCGCCGCCGCCAGUCAUCUGACUACGGACAUAGCCAAAUACUCCAUUGGACGUUUGCGUCCACACUUUAUGGCGGUCUGUCAGCCACAAAUGCCCGGUAACACCGACUGCAGUAAUCCCAUCAAUGCCCACAAAUACAUCACAGAUUUCGAGUGUCUUGGCGUAGGCUCCACACCUCGCAUGCUUAAAGAGAUGCGUCUGUCGUUUCCCAGUGGUCAUUCCAGCUUUGCCUUCUACACCAUGGUCUACCUGGCGCUUUAUUUGCAAGCGCGCAUGAAAUGGCGUGGCUCCCAGCUGUUGCGACACUUUCUGCAGUUUCUAUUCAUCAUGAUCGCUUGGUAUACGGCAAUGAGCCGCGUGUCGGAUUACAAGCAUCACUGGUCGGAUGUGCUGGCGGGCUCAGCCAUUGGCGUUGCUUGUGCUUUGAUUGUGGCAAACUAUGUUUCCGAUCUGUUUCCAUCACAGCAACGCACGAAACCCUAUUUGCCUCGGAGCUCGCAGGAUCUUAGCCAAAUGCAUUCUUCGGCUGUUAUAACACAUUAACAGCGAGUUGAUUUACACCGAUGUUUUAAUUCCAUAAUUUAUAGAAAAAACAGGGAUGAUCUGCAAUAUUGUUAACUUUCGCACAUCAUUUAAAUUAAAGCAGAACUUAGGCUCUUAUAUUUUAAUUUAUGUAUGUACUUCAAUUGACAUGUGUUGUAUUAAUAGU